AUGGCCGCCAAGAUAGCUCUCGUCUUUGGCUAUGGACCUCGAGUUGGAGCUGCUGUAGCUUCUGCCUUUGCCGCUCGCGGCUAUAAAGUGGCCGUCGUCUCUCGCUCCGGUGACGCCGGUGCCGCCAACGACUACCUUUCCAUCAAGGCCGAUCUAUCAGAUGCUCGCAUUGUCGAAGGUGUUUUCGCUCGUGUCAGGGACGAACUGGGGACUCCCAGUGUCGUCGUAUAUAAUGGGUUUGAACAGCCCUUGUCGAGCAUUAUCACAGAUGCUCAUGUCAACACUUUUUCUGCAUACGUAGCGGCGCAACUUGCAGUCAAGGGCUUUGCAGACCUGCCACCAGAUGCGCCCAGGACCUUCAUCUAUACCGGAAACAAGCUGAACAUCAUGACUUUGGAGCCCCUUCUCUCCUUCGGCAUGGGGAAAUCAGCAACGGCUCACAUGAUACAUUACCUAGCGGAACGUGAGCCAAAUGGAGAGCCCGCCUAUGACAAACUUGAUGCUGAGGCUCAUGGUGACUAUUAUGUGAAGCUGGCGGAGGAAAGCGGCCAGGGGCCCUGGCAUGCGACGUUCGUUAAGGGAAAAGGCUAUGUCAAGUUUGACGAGAGUCCGGUGCACGGCGGCCGUUAUCCUGGGGCGUAG